AGACCUCUAAAGGAGAACCAGCAGUCUGUGAGUGGGAGACCACUGAAGGAGAACCAGCAGUCUGUGAGUGGGAGACCACUGAAGGAGAACCAGCAGUCUGUGAGUGGGAGACCACUGAAGGAGAACCAGCAGUCUGUGAGUGGGAGACCACUGAAGGAGAACCAGCAGUCUGUGAGUGGGAGACCACUGAAGGAGAACCAGCAGUCUGUGAGUGGGAGACCACUGAAGGAGAACCAGCAGUCUGUGAGUGGGAGACCUCUAAAGGAGAACCAGCAGUCUGUGAGUGGGAGACUUCUAAAGGAGAACCAGCAGUCUGUGAGUGGGAGACCACUGAAGGAGAACCAGCAGUCUGUGAGUGGGAGACCACUGAAGGAGAACCAGCAAUAGCAGGAGAGACAGAGGAAGCAGGAGAAUCUACAGCAAUAAGAGGGGAUGAGACAGCAGCCUGUGGAGAGCAGCCAGUGGAGCAGUCAGUCAGCGAUGACAGAGGAGGUGUAGAGGAGGAGGAGGAGGAGGAGGAGCAAGCCAUAGGUGGAGGUGAAGUUACACGGGAGGAGGUAGCAGCAAGUGAGCUGGAGAUGUCAGGUGUAGAGGGUGGAGGAGAAGCAGCAGAAUCUGCAGAGGAGAGCCUGGAUGAGGAGGCGCAGCAAGCAAUCAGAGAGGCCCUGGAUGAGGAGGUGCAGCAAGCAAUCAGAGAGGCCCUAGAUGAGGAGGUGCCAGAGGAGAGCAGAGAGGCCCUGGAUGAGGAGGUGCCAGAGGAGAGCAGAGAGGCCCUGGAUGAGGAGGUGCAGCAGGCAAGCUGGAGAGGAGAGUUAGCUGAGGUGCAGGUGGAGGCCUGUCCAGAGGUGGAGGAGGAGGUGGAGGCAGUGUCAGGCAGUCCAGAUAGCUACAUUGCCAUAGCGACGCUGGAGAUGCCCGAGAUCCUGUCCAUCGUGGAGGAGGACGAUGAGGACGAGGACGCUGAGUUCGGUCUGAACAGCGGGAGGAUGGACAGGAGAAUGGACUGUCCACAGGGCAGAGAGGAGGCAAUGUCGUAUAUGCCCUCGUACCUCACGCUCGGCCAUGCGCAGAGAAAGCGAGAAGAGGAGGAGGAGGAGGUGCAUGUAGGCAUGACAGAGACAGAGGAGCAGGAGGAGGAGGAGCAGGAGGAAGAAGGGAUGGAGGACUCAAGAGGGGCAGAAGAGGAGAGACAGAUCAGAGAAGAGGGAGAGGAGGAAAGUGCCUCGGAGAGAGGGAUGGACGGAAGAGAACGGCCGCUCUCCCUGCGACCUGAAGCUGAGGCGCGUAGAGGGGAGAAGAGAAGAGAGGAGGAGGUGGGAGAGGAGAGGAGCAAACCUGGACGGCCGAUGGACGAGUCCCCAUGUCCGGGCGUGCGACCCACACCCCUCCCCCGCAGUACCGUGGUCAAGCGGGAGAUCCACCUUCCUCUGGAAGCCCUGGAGGACCCUGACACAUAUCCAGCCUCAGAUUCCUAUGAUCCAAGUCGAGUGGAGAGGGUGUAGUCAUGGCGACUCGAACUUCCCCUUCGUCACUGUGACCCCCAUCCCAGCGCUUCUUUACGACCAGCAACAUUCACCUCUCUCCUCAUCGCUGUGUGUCUGUGUGUGUGUGUGUGAGAGAGAGAGAGGGAGCGAUAGUUAAAUGGCAGACAUUACAUAUGAGUUUCUGUAGAAUAUAUCAGUUGGAGUAACAUUUUCGUUUAAAGAGCCUUUUCGUUUAAAGCCAUGUGUGAGAAUGUGUGUGUGUGUGUGUGUGUGUGUGUGUGUGUGUGUGUGUGUGUGUGUGUGUGUGUGUGUGUGUGUGUGUGUGUGUGUGUGUGUGUGCGCGCGUGUGUGGUAGGCAAAGGCCACAAGUAAUGUACAGUUUAGAGGUAUAAUGGCUUUCACAGACACAGCAUCGUGCACACAAACACCCUGUACUGUGUUGAGCAAUGCACAUUCAUCAUGGGCGUUGACUGCAAUAAUGCACACACUAAAUUCUGCAGAGCAAUACACACACACACACACACACACACACACACACACACACAUACACAUAUAUACACACACAGUCACUGCUCAUUCCAAGUUCACCAAAUAGAUAGCUUUCUGCAGAGCAACACAAUCCCAAUGUACUUGGUACCAGAGGCGAACAUACAGUGUGUAAUUUGUAGACACUCUCUGUUGAAAUUUUAUUCUGGGGUGAGUUAAGAAUCCUUGGUCCCCCACCCCAGAUGCGGAUGGCCUAGGUAAUUGCCCUUUGUCGCCUUCACCAAGUCUUGCCACACAUUAGAAGCUUUCUUUUCACAUGGAGUGAUGAAAUUCAGAGCAAUACACACACUCACUGUCCUACUCACUGUUCUUAGCAUAUGAAAGCUGAAUGACCAUUCACUAAUGUAAAGGUGUGACACAUACACACACACAACACACACCUGAAAUGUAUUUAUUAUGAAGUAAUCCUCAUAUUGUACAAAGCAAAGUAGCUUUAUUUUUAAAAAGUAUUUUAUAUGUAGCCCUUAGGU